GGGGCGACAGUUCUAGCCGCGCUGUCUAACCGAACGGGCGCGUGUCCGGCGUAAGAGUGAGAAAAUCAAAAAGAACCUUUAGCCCUUUCCCCCUCUUUCGAAGGCAAACAAAGUCAACGUUAACGUGUCAAUAUUUGUUCAUUAGUUUGACCACAAUAAAUCAUUGUUAAGGACAGUAUAGAAAUUCCUUCAAUUAGUAGACAACAUGUGGCCUUCCUGUGCGGUGGUUUUGCUCGUGCUCCUGCUGGUCAAUCGGCUUACGGCCCAGCCGGAAACUACGCUGAGCUAUGAGCAAGCACGUCAGGCGGUUCUGGCUGCCGAGGAGCAACUAAUGACUGGUGGCCAUACAUAUCUGAACAGUGAAGAGGCCAAAGUCGAUGAUCUCUUUAUGCAAUACAAAUUGGGUGAAUUGGCUCAAGGGUUUCGGAAUGCCGAUCAGAAUGCUGCUGCUAUGCAUUUCUUUAAAGCCAAACCCCUUAUCGAUCGCAGUGGAGUCUUUCGAUUUUUGCAGAUGAUGCCAAAAGGAGCUGUCCUGCAUUUGCAUAACACUGCAUCAGUCAGCUCUAAGUGGGUGGUGCAAAAGAUGUCCUAUAUGCCCGGCAUGCUGCGCUGCACCACAUCUAAAGGACGCAGUGUCUUGACCUUUCGUCGUGCAUCCCAGAAACAUGGCUGCCAGUCGCAAUAUAUACGUGUAGCUGAUGAGCGACGCAAUUCCAUUGAUCCAGCUGUCUAUGAUCAGAAUUUUGAGAGGCUCUUCAAUUUAUAUACACCAGUGCCGGAAUUAGAGUAUCCCACUAUUACAUCAGUGUGGAGUAAAUUUCAGGAUAUGUUUGAUACCCUGGGCGAUGCUAUAAGCUUUUUGCCUGCCUUUCGUGCCUAUCAUUGGCAAAUGAUGGAGGAGCUAUAUAACGACAAUGUGAUGUAUGCCGAAGUCCGCACAAGUCUUAAAGAGCAGCUUUAUGAUGCGAGUGGACGUACGUUCACACGACUCGAUACAAUUCGCGAAUUGCAGACAUUAAAUGAGAAAUUUGUUCGCCUCCAUCCCGAUUUUUUGGGCAUCAAACUCAUCUAUGCAGUCUAUCGGGGUCAGGAUGUGCAACAGGUUGAACAACGUGUAGAUGAGUUCAGACAAUGGCACGAAAGCUUUCCCCAGUUUAUGGUGGGCUUUGAUUUGGUUGGUCAGGAGGAUAAUGGGAAACCCCUUUAUAGCUUGUUGCCAGCGCUAAGAAACUUGCCAUUGACAGCUCGUUUAUUUCUACAUGCCGGAGAGACCAAUUGGUUUGGCGCCUCAACGGAUGUUAAUCUACUGGACGCUUUAUUGCUUAAUACUACCAGAAUAGGACAUGGUUUCGCUCUGGCCAAGCAUCCCAUUUUGAUGAACGCAGUCAAGACGCGUGAUAUAGCCGUUGAGCUAAAUCCACUAUCGAAUCAAGUUCUUCAUUUAGUUUGGGAUAUGCGUAAUCAUCCUGGUGCCCAGUAUAUGGCAUUGGAUGUACCCAUUGUGAUAUGUAAUGAUGAUCCGGGAUUUUGGAAUGCCAAAGCCUUAAGCUAUGAUUUUUACUAUGCCAUCAUGAGUCUAGCACCAAAUAAUGCCGGUCUUCGGGUUCUCAAGAGCCUUGUCUGGAAUUCGAUACGUUAUUCCUUGCUGAGUGACGAGGAGCGGCUGCGCGCCUAUAAAAUCGUAGAGAUUACUUGGUCACGAUUUAUAGAUAAAGUACUGCAGGGUAAUGUCUUUUGAUCGUUAAAAUUAUUCUAAUUAAAUUAUAAAAAAUACAACACGAAAUUGUAAUUUAAA